CCGUGUCCUAAAAACAGAAUACAGUUUUUUCUGCAUUUUGUUACCCGUGAUAAGAAUAAUGAGUCUGUUUUGGGGUACAGUUGUAAUUUUUUAAAAAUGGUAAUUGAUCUACGUUUGGUAAGCAUCUACGUUUUGUAAAUAUGGGAUCAGGCAUGCUUGCAACAUUAUGCUGGUUACUGAAAAAAAUUAACAGGAGUGGGAAGAGUGUUAUAGAUGUAUAAAUGCCCUUGUAUUUAUGUCAUUGAUUGUUUUUGUUACUACAAACAUUUAUUCACUGUUUUCCUUGCUACUAAACCAAAGUCUGAUUGUUUUUGGUGGAGCUUAACAGUUUUGGGCUAUACACAGAUAUUCCCAUUUUGGUAUUGGCAUCAAGGCCAGUGGCUACACUGAAUACUUCAUAAUCAGAGCAUUUGAAGUAAUCUUUGAACUCCUCAAUGUCAUUCGUGGCUAAGGACAUAAUGGUAUUCAUUUGGCUUUGUUGAACUUCUGGAUAUAUUUUAGAAUACGGGGAAAUAUGUGCUUGGAUGACCCAAGCAGUACUCUCCUGAAUACACAAUACGCCCUUUUAAGUGAAAUAUAUGAGUGCAUUAGUGUAUUGUACUGUGUGCUGUGGAAGGUUACUUUUUUAUGUUUGCUGGAUAUUUCAGAUGUUACUUUCUGCCAUAUUUAUUUCUUUAGGGUUUUUUUUUUAAACUCAUUUUAAAGCUCAGAUAUGAAAGAGAAAAACAUAUGCUGUCACCACUGCUUUGUCAAAUGUGUUUUCUGUCUAAAACAUCUUCAUAUCUCUUACAAUGACAAUACUUUCACUUCUGGUGGUACUCUUCAAGGGUGUUACCUGGACUAUAAAUCAUAUGAGGCGGAGUCCAGAUUCUUCUCUAUAACUUUUAAAAACAUACUCCUAAAUGACUGUUUCCAUGCAUUUUUUUUCUUGCAUGUGAGGGAUAAAGCUUAGAAAAUAUCAUCACUGAAGAAGGAAGGAAGAUUAUAAGUUCAGUUCGGAUGUUCCCUGUUGCCUCGUGCAACAUUCGCUGUCCUCUGUUUAGGUCUCCCUCAUCUUUAAUGUCUAUGUUAUCUGCUUCUUCUGUCUCCUUUCCUUCUCUAUCUCCUGUUCUCUCUUCCUUCACUAUCCUCUCUGGCUUAUCUGUAAUUGUAUCAGUAAACACAUUCAAUUAUGGUCAAUUCUCAAUUUCAACAUUCUUAGCUAAUAGCCUAAAGUUUUGUUUUAUGUAAACUGUGGUAACUUUACCUUCAAUGUAUGACAUGAUCAGACAAAAAGUUGGAUUUAUCAUUUAAUUUGCCUCAGGUGUUAUCAAUGUUUUCAGGACUACCAGGCUGAUAAAAUAUAAAACGUUUUGACUGUCUACCAUGAGACUAGUCGAGUUUGGUGUCACUAGCCAAGGGGAGGCACAACUAAGCUCUCAUUGUAUUGGUUUGGCUGCUACAGCGCCAUGCAAAGUAUAUUAGCUGUCCUUAUGCUCUGCUCGUAUCAUGUUCACGUAACCUGGAACUCAUAUGGACAUUUACACAUCUUGUUUUCCUGCUCAGCAUGAGAGGAUGCUAGUGUUUCUGUUUCAGCCCAUUUAUUGCGAAAAAAAUCAUCGAAUGGCCAUUUUUCCCCUCACACUGACUGACAGACUGUGUGAGCUAGCAUUUGGCAGAAUGAUGUCCUGUCAGCCAAUAAGACAUGUGUAUUUCCAUGUAUUUUCCUGUAUUUGCUAUCUGAUUGGUCUUGCCUACAUUCGUCCAUCCAUCCAUUCUAUACCACUUAUCCUUUUCAGGGUCAUGGGGAACCUGGAGCCUACCCCAGGAAGUAUCGGGCACAAGGCGGGGUAUACCCUGGACAGGGUGCCAAUCCAUCGCAGGGCACAGUCACAUAUACAUUCACACACUCAUUCAUACACACCGGACACUUUAGACAUGCCAAUCAGCCUAUCAUGCAUGUCUUUGGACUGGGGGUGGAAACCAGAGUACCCGGAGAAAACCCCCGCAGCACGGGGAGAACAUGCAAACUCUGCACACACAGGGCAAUGGUGUUAAUCGAACACCCGACCCUGGUGGUGUGAGGCAAACAUGCUAACCACUAAGCCUGCCUCCAUUCACUGAAGAUAAAAUACAACACUCCGUUCACUGAAGAUUACAUACAAAUUACAACACUGCCGUCUUCUUUUACUGACAAUCAGUUACGUAGUGACAAACUGCUCCAAGUGGAGAAUUAUUCUUGGCUAAAGAAAAGAUUGUAGGUGCUAUAGCCCCAAAUGUCCAGGCCAGGUUAUAGCCCUGGUACACUUAAACUGGGCCAAAAUUACCUCUGUAGCUUAUAUACAAGUGAUAAAGAUACCAAUGAGCUGAAGCAUUAAAACAUUUGUCUGGUUUAUUGGCAGUUUGUAACAAAUUAUCAGUUGUCUACUUAGUGUUGCUCAUCACAGUCAUAGUAAUAUCUUGAUGAGAUGUUUAUCUAUCUAUCUAUCUAUCUAUCUAUCUAUCUAUCUAUCUAUCUAUCUAUCUAUCUAUCUAUCUGUUGUUGCAUCAUUCAUUUCCUUAAUUAUUAAUUAAUUUAACAUUACUUUGUGAAUACUCUUCAAUAUUGAACCUGUAUGCUUUGGACAUGUAAUUUACUAUAUGGACAACUAAAAUAUUUUAUUAUUUGAAAAGAUGUCACAUACUACCACAUUUAUUCUAUUAUUAUCCAAUUCCCUAACAAUUUUGUGUUCAAAAUUCUCACUUUUCAGUAUCUUGUGUUUUUUUGUGAAAUGAUGUCCCUAUGUUUACAUGUAUAGUUGCUGGUUUUUAAACAGUCACCUACUAUUAACUGUCUUCUUCGCUUUUGCAUACAUUCCUCUGAUCUUGCUCUUAUUGUUCAUUUCCUGAGCAGGCCUAAAUAAAGCAAGAAGAGGAGAAAAAAAUAUGUAGAAUAUUACACUAACCUUUUUUCCUUUUUCUUUGUGUUUUUUGUGUCUUUUUCAUGCUCUCUCCAACUGGAUCACUUGUUUUGUGCUUCACAAGGUAAGGACUAAUCUUUAUUUGUCUAUUAUUGUGGUUUUGUGAAUCAUGAUUUGUUUAUUUAAAUUUUUUUAACUGACGUUUUAUGUCAUAAAAUCAAAACUGAACAUUUUCUAGGAGACAUCAACUACAUAAACAUGUGAUCUGUUCAUCACACUGCAUGUGCAUUUGUGGUUCAGGUGUUUCCUUUUGUCACCUACAAGUAAUGUCACACAAGUUUAAUGAUAAAAUGUUUGAGCACACUUUGUAUUAAGCAUUUCUUCUACCUGUACUGUUACACAUAAACUACAUACACUGUUAUUGAUGGAUCACAGUAUGUUAUACAUACAGAUGUAUAACAUAGGUUUUGGCUUAUACACAAACAUAGCUUUAGCAAGACAUGAUGCCUCAGUUGUAUGAAAAUCUACUCAAUUGAAGACUUUUGAUAUUUGUGUAAUGGUAAUUUGAAUUAAGAAACAUAUACUGCCUCAGAAAAAUAGUACUAUGUAUCUAUUUCUCACCAGAUUACACUGUGCCACAGUUUCUGAGUUAUAGUAUAUAUUAACUGAAUGAUAAGACAAGAUUGUGUACAAGUCAGAAAGUAAUUUGAACAUUUUAGAUUCCCAAACAUUAGUUUUCCAGCAUAACAUUACAUGUUACAGAAUUUGUUUUUGUAUGUCAGUAAACAAAGCAGCAUAUUAAGUAGUUAACCACUUUUCAGACAAAAAACCAUAAUGAAUGCUGCUGGGUUUUGCUGCAAAAAUUAGAAGCAGAUGCAACAGUCAAAGUCUCCAGAACAAGUCCAAGAUGCUCAGUAAAACAUACAGCUCAGUUCCAUAUAAAACUGCACAAAUUGUACCUGAGACUACUAUUUUUUUAUGACUCUGAUGAUAUUCCACAAUGAUUUUGACUUUGUUUCAUUUAUUACUGUUUACUGAUCUUUAUAGUAUUAUUUUUAAAUGUAGAAACAUUUAAUUUAAUUGUUUUUAAAGGCAUCUUUGCUCUACAGCAGUUCUUUGCAUGUGCCUAAAACUUUUGCACAGUACAGUAUAUCCUAAGAAUCAUAUACGGAAACUGACUUGUCGAGUCAUCUUUUUAAUGUUCAAAUUUUAUCAUAUUAAAACUAAUCUCAUCCAGCAAUGCAGGACUCACUUUGUGAAAUCUCUAUUUAGGAAUCCCAUGGUGAUUAUCUUUCACUAGAUUUCGUAAUUCCCUCAGAUAACACAUGCAAGAAAGUGGAACUAAACAUAAAACCAUGUGGAAUAUAGGUGUUUUGAAUGAAACCAAGGGUCUUCUGCAACAAUUAUCACCAUGAAAGGUGGUAUAUAUAAAAACCAGGGUAAGUGUCUUUGAUAUGAUGAUGAAAAAAUUGACAUGAGUUUGGGGUUGAUAUGGUGCUGAAUAUGUUUCUUCUAAUCAGUGUCACCAACAGUGUGUGCUAAAAUGCACCCCAGACCAUGAUAAAGCAGCCUAACCAGUUACACUUCUGACACACUGCUUCAUUUGUGAACCAAAUCAUCUCGAUUUUGGACUGAUUUUUUACCUGUACUGAUUUUUACUUUCAGGAUAAUUUCUCAUAAGACGUCAUCUAACUGUAAAAAUAUUUGGUUUAGUCAAGUAUUUAGCGAACUAGAUUUAUUUUUUUGUCAUUUGAGUAAACUACAUGUUUAUAAGAUAAGAUUUCUUAUCUCUUCCAAUGAAUUUUGACUUGGACAACUUCAAAAGUCCAGAUCAUUGGGCUAACAAUAUUCUUUUUAAACCAGAGUUACGUUUAUAUAUCUAUUAAAAGGUUGAACAAAUUGUGUGCAGCUGUUAAGGAGAACGCCUGGGUUGAAUAAUUUGCGAUUACAAUCAUUGAGUUGAUUGCAGUCGAUUGCAGUUAAUAGACGAUUCACAAAUAAAAAGAAUACACUUAGGCUUGGUCCAUGCCAGAUUUGGCAUUUAGUAUAUGCUUCAACGGCUGAUAAAUUACUACUACUUCUGUCUGUAUGUCAAUAUAUGUCACUAACUUGACAUAUAUUAUGUCUACAAGCCAUUUCACAAUUUUCAAAAAGAUGUUUUCUUUGUUGCUUCCUAGUGCGAUGUUUUCAGCUUUUCGACUCUAAGUGCCGCUGUUGGUUAAGAAGUGCUGAACGUAGGAGCUGCAGGAGGGAAUAGUGAAUUGAAGAGCUCUGAUAUUGGACAGAAAUACAGUGUUCUCUGAAGCAUAAAAGACUGGGGUCAGCGAUUGCGUUUCUUUUCUCAGAGUCGUUCCUUUAUUGUAGUAGCACUACAGUCUCGUGUAAGGACUGAUUUUAGUUCAAUAUGGCUUCAACGUGUUUCCGCUGUUGUUCUUUCAAUCGUCGACAGAUCAUGUCGGAAAUAAAAUGGGUGACCGUGAUUAUUUUGCUCUUUGUUGACGGAAUGGACGUUGUUUCUUGUCAAGCGAGAUAUUCAAUCCCGGAGGAGACUCCAGAGGGAUCAUCCGUGGGUAACAUCGCGAAGGAUUUGGGAAUACAGAUAAGUAGACUUAUUUCUGGAAAAGCUCGAGUUGUAACGAAGGGCAGCCAGCAAUAUGUCGAACUGAGCAGAGACAAAGGCACCCUCGUAGUGAAGGAGAGGAUAGACCGAGAGGAGCUCUGCAAGCAAACAACGCCCUGCAGCUUCAGCUUUGAUCUAAUCAUGGAAAACCCCAUAGAACUGCAUCGUGUUAUCGUUGAAGUGCAGGAUAUAAAUGACAAUGCACCUUUAUUUCCUAAAGGAACUGUUAAUUUGCACAUUAGCGAAAACACAGAAACUGGGGCACGAUUUCCUUUAGACAGAGCUGUAGAUUUGGAUGUAGGAGUAAAUAGUAUUGAAACCUAUUCUCUCAGACCUAACGAUCAUUUAAAAUUGGUAAUAAAUAAUGACGCUGAUGGGGAUAAACAUGUAGAAAUGAUUUUAGAGCGUGAACUGGACCGAGAAGAACGCGAUGAGCUAAAAUUAGUUCUGACUGCAUAUGAUGGAGGAUCACCUAAAAAAUCAGGUACAAUGCAAAUUCAUAUUUCUGUAUUAGAUGCGAAUGAUAAUAAACCCGUAUGUAAAGAAGCAGUGUAUAAAGCAGAAGUGAAAGAAAAUACUCCAGCUGGUACAGUCGUGACUGCCGUAAGCGCAACUGAUGCUGACAAAGGUGUAAACGGUCUAGUCUCAUAUUCAAUUGCUCAAGCAAGUAAAGAAGCUAGAAAUGUGUUUGACAUAAAUCCGGACACUGGAAUUAUUAAAACGUUAAAUACCUUAGAUUACGAGAAUAAAAGAAAUUAUCAAUUAAAUGUCAACGCAAUGGAUAAAGGAGGUCUUGCCGAUACCUGUAAAAUAAUUAUAGACGUAAUUGAUGAAAAUGAUAAUUCUCCCUUUAUACAGCUUAUGUCAUUUUCAAACAUCAUUGCAGAAAAUUCUCCAAUCGGUACAACCGUGGCUGUAAUUAAUGUAGAAGACGCAGAUUCCGGUAAAAAUGGGCUCGUGCAGUGUAAAAUAAAUGAAAAUAUACCAUUUAAAAUAGAAUCGUCACUUUCUGAUUAUUAUGCAUUAAUUACAGAUGAAACUCUUGAUCGAGAAACUAUUGCUGAAUACAACAUAACCAUUCUGGUAUCCGAUCAAGGAAGUCCUGCACGACACAAUAACAAAACGAUCAAUGUUAAGAUUUCCGAUGUGAAUGAUAAUCCACCCGUAUUCAGUUCUGACGAGUAUAAAACAUUAGUUACUGAAAACAACUCUCCGGGUAUGGCUGUUCUGACUGUAAAAGCAAGCGAUGCUGACUGGGGACCAAAUGCACGGCUGUCGUAUUUUUUAGAGGAUCGUAAUAUACAGGGCAACCCAGUGAGUUCUUUAGUCUCAGUAAAUUCAGAGAGCGGGGUUAUACAUGCAAUCAAGGCCUUUGAUUACGAGCAAAUGAAAACUUUCAGCUUUAAUGUGACAACCCGAGACGGAGGGUCGCCUCCUUUAAGUUCUGAAGUCACAGUGACGAUCAUCGUUGAAGAUCAGAAUGACAACGCUCCUCAGGUUCUCUACCCAGUACAGACUGGUGGCUCUGUGGUGGCUGAGAUUGUGCCUCGUUCAGCAGAUGUCGGCUAUCUGGUCACUAAAGUGGUGGCUGUUGAUGUGGACUCUGGACAGAAUGCCUGGCUCUCCUACAAACUCCAGAAAGCCACAGACAGGGCGCUGUUUGAAGUGGGAGCGCAGAAUGGAGAGAUACAAACUGUUCGCCAGGUCACUGAUAAAGAUGCUGUGAAGCAAAAGCUCACUGUAGUUGUGGAGGAUAACGGACAGCCAUCUCGCUCAGCUGUAGUGAACAUCAAUGUAGCUGUAGCGGACACUUUCCCUGAAGUGCUCUCAGAAUUCACCGACUUUACGCACGCCAAACAAUAUAAUGAUGACCUCACCUUUUAUUUAGUUUUAGCAUUAGCUGCUGUUUCUUUCCUUUUCAUCACAACUGUAGUAGUUAUAAUAUCAGUAAAGAUCUACAGGUGGAGACAAUCGCGCGUCUUCUAUCAGUCCAAUCUCCCAGUUAUUCCGUACUAUCCACCCGGUUACGCAGACACAGGAGUUACUGGAACUCUGCCGCACAUGUAUAAUUAUGAUGCUUGCAUGACCACGGACUCGAGGAAGAGUGGCUGUAAAUAUUCUACACUUGGAGGACAAAGUGUUUUAGUGAUGGACCCGAGUUUUACAGAAACUAUGCAGCGCGCGAUAAGAGAAAAAGAAUUCCAGCAUGACUCAGAGUCAACAGAAGUGCAAAAGCCACCAAACAAUGAUUGGCGCUUACCUCCGAACCAGAGGCCUGGACCUAGUGGCCAGCACAGGUUCCACACCCUGCAGCAGAGAUGGACUCCAUACGAGAAGUCCAGAGCUGGAGCUCGUCCUGAAGAGGCUGGUGCCGGCGCAGUAGUAGGAACAGGACCAUGGCCGAAUCCCCCCACAGAGGCAGAACAGCUCCAGGCUCUGAUGGCUGCUGCGAACGAAGUGAGUGAAGCCACAGCGACUCUCGGUCCUCGCUACAAUGCUCAGUACGUCCCAGACUACCGACAGAACGUUUACAUACCUGGCAGCACCGCUACGCUAACGGCUAACCCACAGCAGCAGAUGCCUCAACAGGCUCUGCCACCUCCUCAGGCCCCGCCCCAGGCCGCUCCCACCGCCGACGUCCCCAAGGCUGCCCCGACCCCGGCCAGCAAGAAGAAGGUCACCAAGAAGGACAAGAAGUAAGGCAGUAGGACAGCGUUAGAUUAGAUUAGAUUAGCAGUGGCACUCUACUGCUCCAAUCCGAGCAUUUCUCGUCUGCGCAUGUUAAACUAGAAUAUUUAAUCAUCUGAAAUUUCUUUAGUGCUGAGACUAAAUUUCAGUUCCGUUUAGUUCUUAGACACGAUGCAAGAAAUUCCCAGCUUUUUUUUGUGUGUGUGCUAGAUUUUGUACCCUAGUGUAAAAACAGAAACGUCAAUAAGAACUUAACAGGACGAGAUGUUUACGUUCGUGUAACAUAGACAAACAAAGUCUGUUCUGUAAUCCUGUUUGAUAGCACUGCUGAAAAAUACACAUUGUCAUGUUUUUUUGUGAUCUUUAUAAAUGCAAAGUAGAUGCUACUUGUUGUGACAAGAACGAAAAUGAAAUGUGUGGUGUAUGGGGGUUUUUGGGGUUUUUGGGGGGGUUUUUGAGGAUAUGCCAUAGCCCUGGGAAAAAGAUUUCAGUUUUCUUCUUGCAUGAUCCACUUUUUAAACCAUAGUAUUGAAAAAAAAACUAUGCAGUGUGGAAAAGAAAAGAUGCGUAAACGUAUGAAGUUAAAUGUAUUUACAGUAAGAGAAGGCAUUUUCCUCAUAAAAACACCAGCAACUGAAAAGUUGGACUGUUUGUAUUGUAGGAAAAAAACAAAAAACAAACGUAAGAUUGGAUUCAGUCUCCGUAAAGUUGUUUAGCGCUACUAAAGCAAUGCUAGCUUAAUGAUAUAUAAUGAUUAUAUAUAAAGUUAUUAUUUAAACACCCACCAACUCCGUAUAGCCGUAUAUCACUCCUAUCGAUUUGCAUUAAAUGAAGUGUUUCCUAGACCUUGGAUAGAGUGGAUGUUUCCCGAGCCUUUGGUCUGUGUUAGCACAUUUUUGGUUGAGCAUGAUCAUUCAAAGUUCUUCGGUUAAAGCCGAUCGAGUUGUGGAAUGAGAACCCUCAAAACUUUGAACAAAUAAAUAAUAUUCACUGGAUUGAUGGAGAUAUGAAGGAGAUAUUUGAUGUGGUAAACAUUGCCAAUUUUACUCUGUGAAACUUCCUGUAAAUACCCCCCCUCCCUGCCAAUUGGUAAGAUCUCGGGGUGUACGUCGCUCUGUUCUAGGCCAAAUUCGACUUUAUUACUCUCCUACUUUCUGUACAAUCCGAAAUCCCAGUGUAAAUAAGACAUGUGACCUGUCUGUACAAACUAGAGCCACAAACAUCAGGCUAGCACAGGAAUGUUUCAGUAUUUUUUAGAAAAAUAUCAUUAAAAAAACAAACAAAAAGAAAACCUAAAAAAAAAAAAAGUGUAGUGCUUUAGAUACAAAAACGCUUCAAACUCACUUACUAACCAAACUGUAAAUACAACCAUGCCAUCUAUGAAGGAAACGCAAUCGUAGCUUAGGCCUUGUGAAAUUUUAAAAAAUGUGCAUAUUUUUGUGUUUAUUUCCUUCUCUUUCACUUUAUUUCUUCCAAGCUAAAAAAAAAAAUACUAAAAAGGUAAUGUGCUUUUAGCGUGCCCUUCCCAUGACAUCUCUCUAUAGUCUUCUGUGUUUGUAAUUACAGUAAGCUGUUAAUGCUACCGGAAUGGCUAUUCCUGUCUGUUUAACUCUAAAUAUAUAUAAAAUAUAAAUGUCUGUCUGCUGCUUGAAUACCUUUCUGUAUUCAACUGUGAUAACUUUCUUUUUUAAUUUUUAUUUUAACCUUUUAGCGCUUCAUGUCCUGCUUUUUAUUCCAUAUGCAGAUAUUUAUAUGGCUGUUGAUUUUGUUUAUGUUCUUGUUUAUUAAUGGGACACUUACAUUUCAAAUAAAAGUUUGUCAGAACUCACAA